AUGGCGCACGCUGGGCCCAAGGUUUCGCUCGCCGACGUGGCUGCGCGUCUGCUCGAGCAGCCACUCCCCUCCUCGAGCGGCGGCGCGCCAAUCCUCGCUCGACGCAGCUCGGCCGUCCGUCAGAUUGAUGAUGCCAAGCGCGAGGAGCGCGAGGCCGCUGCGAUCUCUCGCGCCAAGCGCAGCUUAGCCACGCAGGCGCACACGACACUCCGCACCGGCGCGGACGCCAGCUCCGCCGUGCUCGAGCGGCAGCUGAAAAAGAUCGCGACCCGCGGUGUUGUGCAGCUGUUCAACGCGGUGCGCGCCGCUCAAAAGGAGGCACCCGAAGCGGCCCCGACGAAGGCCAAGCGGCAGCGACGCGACCCUGGUGCUGCGACCGCGCCGCCCGCCGCAGCGCCGCUCGACCUGUCGCGAGACAGCUUCCUCGACAUCCUGCGGCGAGGCACUGGCGGCGCCAAGGCUGGCGCGCCGAGCAGCUCCGCCGCCUUUCUGCGCGACGAUUUCAUGCUUGGGGAGAGCAAGUCGAAGCAUUGGGGCAGCUCACAGCACUCGCGCAGCUCACAGCUCGCCAGCGACGACGCAGCGAUGGGGUGUAGCAGCGUGUGCCGCUCUGCGUGCCUUCUCUCGCCCCUGAGUCCCUCGGAGGCCCCAAACUCACUCGGCUGA